AUGGAUGCCAGUGAGGAACUAGUGGAGCAGCCUGGUUUACCAUGUUCAACUCAAGAAAAUAAAAAUAAUAAACGACCAGACUCUUCUCAUAAAGGAUGUGAUCAGAAGAAGAAGCAACUCUCUCAGCGUGCAUCUGUGUCCAAACAAACAUAUGAACAUCAUAAAGAUGGCAUUUCAGAUGACGGUGAUAAGUUGUCAGAUUCUGCUCCACUCCAUGUUUCACAUACCCAAGCACCACUUCCUGCAGAGAAUUCAUCCACUGCUGUGCAGUCAUCAGUACCUGAUCAUCGAACAGAUGUGAUGAAAGGAGAUGCAUCACCACCACCCCCAGCAUCUGCACCACCACCAUUGCCACCGACACCUCCCCCUCCUUCUAUUUCAUCGCCUCCACCACCACCUCCUCCUCCUCCUCCUCCUCCUCCACCACCACCAUGUAUAUCUGUUUCUACUUCUUAUGUACAGUCUGCCCAUAUCAUGCCAGGUUAUGAUCCCACAACUGAAGAUUAUACAGACAUUGAUGGUGAAGAGAUGAUAGAAGAUGAUGAAUCACGCAGUAGCUCAACUGUACUAUCACAUGCUGAACUGUAUGCAGAUGAUAGUGCCUAUAUGCAUGGUGUUGGUCUUCCUCUCAUAUGCCCUUUAAAUGCUGUUGUUGAAUAUGGACCAAUGCCAUAUGUAGCAGAUCCUGUGGUUCCAGCAGCACAUGUCAUUGAGAAACCACCAGAAAAGACUUCUCUACAUGCAGAAAUUGAUUCAUUCUAUUCAGACCUGGCAUCUCUUGAACAAACAGCAGUUACAGCAUCGUCUGAAAAACACCAAAUGGGUGAGCAUACAGGUGCAGCCAGUGAGACUGAAAAGGAAUCAAUGAUAGCCCCUGCCACAAUAGAACUAAGUUCUAGUGCCAAUAGCAAUGUUGGUGGUCUUACUGGUAGCACAGCAUAUCAAAAAGUAUCUGCCCACAUUGAAGGAAAAACGUCAGAGGCGCCUGUAGGAGAAGUACGAAAGAAGAAAAAGCCAAAAUUAGCACCAGGAUUGUCACUAAAGAAGAAAGAUGUGUCGUCACUAGUGGCUAAAUGGCAGAAACUUCAGGAGGAAGUUAGAAGAGACUAUAAAAAGCUUGGUGAUGAACUCAAAGAUAAAUAGCAGAUGUUCUGUGCCUAAUUUUGUCAUGGACUACUAAAAUGUUAAGCAGGGAGCAUUUAUAACAAAAUUCGCAAAUAACUGAAUUGUUAUAUAUUGUUACAAACUGUGCCAAUUUGCUUGAAUAUCAAACUGUUUUCAUUUGAUGUGAAAAUUUUCUGAUACAAUUUGAUACCCAAGUAAAUUUAUUUUUAAAAAAUAAUAUACUGUGAUAUUUUACUUGUCUGUUAGUUACUCAGGUUGUAUUAUUGACUGUACCAUACAGCAUUUUCUUAAGAUUUAUUUGUUACUUUAUUAUAAUAAAACCAAGAAGGAUAAUUGUAAAUGAGUGUUUGAAUGAAGCUAUGCAGUGUUUGACAAAAGAAUGAGUAGAUGGUAUUGUCGUCAGAAAGGUGCUGCACAUGCCAAGAUUUUAUCAGUGUACUGUGUAAUUAUGUGCCCAUACGUCAUCACCAAGUGAGAUAUCCUACAGAUAAUGAACCUUCAGUACAAGAUUUCUCCUGUGUCAUGAACAAUUGCUAAGCUGUACUUUGUUGUCGUUUUUCUUUAUUUGAAAAUAAUGUCUUACAUGUCAGUUCAAAGAUUUUUUUUAAAGAAAGUAGAUUCAUGCUUUGGAAAAUUUCACACUUAGCCAUUCAUUCCUCUUUAAUGUAGGGUACACUUUUGCAGUUCUCUCAUAUUUUUAACCACUCUGUAAAUACAAAAUGUGUUGUGGGCUGUACUGACAGGCCUUCUGAACACCCACCUAGCAGUGUCUCAUAGUGGUUAAGGAUCUAGAUUCAAAGUUUAUGAGAAGUGACAUUAAAAUGUCAUCUGGGCAGUCAGAUUUAGGUAUUCUGUGAUUUUCAUAAAUCGCUUCAGGUGAGCACUGUGAUAUUUCCUUUGAAAAGUAUAUUGUAAUUAUCCAUUCCCAUCCUUGUGCUCUCCCCCUGCUCUUAUUCUUUAUCUAGGCUUUUACCCCAUCUCUAAUAAACUUAUUGCAGAUGGGAGGUUAAAUAAUCCCAGACUUUCUUGAUUACUGUUGAUCUAGUAUGCCAUUUUUCAGCUGGAGAUGUACUCCUCAGAUGGUAUUAUACUUACUGCUUCAGUGCUGGUGUAAAACACUGUUUGACAGCAUUAUGUUUUCUUAUCAGGCAACUCAUCUCUAACAGUCAAAUAGAACACAUUCUAUGACAUAGGAAUACAUCCACAGAAAUGUUAACUGCAAAUUGAAGUACCACAGACUACUUUUAUUUAAUAACAUUGGGUAUUUCAAGAGACUGUGAACAGCAAAAGUAAUGCCCAUUUUUGUUGAACUUUUUCUUUAAUUCUUCACAAGUCUCUGCUUAGUUUUCAUCUCCAUUCAUUGAAUAAUGAGACAAAAAUAUCUUUAGAUUUCGUCACAAAUUCCACAUUUUACAUACUUAGUGAGUAGCAUGGAGAGCUGCAUCAAACCAGUCUCAGGACUGAAGACCACAACAACAACAUACUUAGUCUUGAUAGAAAAUCAAUUAUGUAAUUAAUAAAUCCUGUGACGAACUUUAUCUUCUUUAGGGUAAGAAUUUGACAUGUAACUUCACUUCAUGUGAUCAAGGCAAAGAUAGGAAUUGGGGAAGGGGGUGGGAGGGGGGAAUUCUUCAUUUGCGCAACAGUAGUAGUAUUUUACAUGGUGUAAUAGGUCUCGUUUCCUUUAUCUUGUAGAGAUUACCAUUGUAUUCCAUGAGAGUUUUCCAAAUUAAUAAUUGCUUUAUUCAGUUUUCUUUGGGCUACAAUGGAUGCAUUAUGAAAAUUCAGAGUGUAAAAAUGAUUUGACAACAGGAGACUGGCAACAGUUCACAUAUAAUACAUAUUCUGGCACACCUUUAUUGAUAUUUUAUUGGUGCUUCAUUAGUGUUGUAUAUAAUGCAUACUAUAACAGUCACAAUAUCCACAUUUAGUUCUGUCUUGCCCACAUCCUGUUCAAUCCCCAUGAUAGAACUCUCAUAUUUUGUUAUGUGCUCCAGAGCACCAUUACAGAACUCUUUUUGAUACAAUGACACACUUCUGUUUGAUUUAAAAAUUGUUUCUAGAAGUACAGUGUUGUCAGUGCAAAAAUUAUGUUAUACAGAACAUUGUGUUGUAAAUGUAUUCAUGUACAGUCAUGAACUUCAAGCCCUCUCAAGCAAUAUUUGUCAUACAUUGAUUCCAGAAAGGGCGUUUUCUAUAAUAUCCUUACAUAGAUAAUGAUUAUGGCUUUUAUGCCAUAACAGCGAUACUUUUUGUGGCCAAAAGUUUCAUUCAAGCUGUAGAAACUCUAUACCUAUUUUCAUUUAUGGAUUUCGUACUUCCUGUUCCGUGACCUUUUUUGGUAUUGUUGUCUCAUAAAUGGCACUGAUGGCCAGGAGUCCCCACAUGCGGAAGUUCAGCUGCCGAGUUGCAAAUUGUUUCAGUUGAUGCCACAUUGGACGACUUGCAUGUUGAUGAUGAUGAAAUGAUGAUAAGUAUGAGCCAACAUCCAUUCCCCGAAUGGAGAAAAUCUUCGACCUGACCAGAAAUCCAACCUAUGCCGACUGCGUGGCAGUCAGAUGUGCAGACCACUCAGCUAAGGAGGUGGAUAUUGUAUCAUAAACAUUAUUUGUAUGCUGUUGUGAUUAUUGUAAUUUACUUAUUUAUUUAUUUUAAUUGUGUAGCUAAGCAUUCUUUCCCAUCUGUUUUGCUUAAUUUUGCUUAAUCUCGACAAGAAAGUUCUGAAGUCUGUGUACUCGUACUGUUUUCAAAACUUUAUGCCAUUAUCAUUCUUUCUAACUGAAAUUAAUUGGCAUUUGUGUGUCAAGGAUUUAUCAUCCAUGAAUAGCUGUGGCUUUCAUUUUACCUGCUAUAUGUAGCUUUUACAAUUUGUGUUCACUAUAUUCUGAGUCUUUUUCUUUGUUUUAAUAAACCAGUAACUCAGGAUAAAUUUACAGAUGUAGUGGUAUCUGUAGAAGGAACAUAGUGAACUUGUGCUCAGUGUACUAGUCACUACUUUUCCUUCAGAUGUCUGCUUGGUUGUCAUCACUCUGUUCCAAACCUCUCACGUAGACAUGACUUGAAAGUACAGAUGAUCAAGCACAAGAUUCUUUGUGUGUCAGACAGUGAUGCUGACGUGGCUACAGGUGAGGGCUUAAAAUUGCCUACCUUGAAAUAGUGAAAGAUGAUGAUGAUGAUGUCAUUUUGUGGAUGUAUAAUUCUGUACUUCAGAGGGAUAGCCAGAGCAACCUCACAUUUUAUUUGUUGUUAUCAGUGCUUCUAGGUACAUAAUUUGUGAAGGCUACUGAAGACUCUCUUUGAAAUCCUAUUUUUCCUUGCAAUUGCACACACUGUUCAUUUAAUUAGAGAUUGUGGACACUAGUGUUUGUGUUGAUUGGUAGUCUGUGUUGCUGAUUGUGUUUAUGGGUUGAGUUUUACAUAAAAUAAAAGUGAUGUAAGCCAUGUAAAUAGCACCAAUUGUGAAGAUAUGGCUGUGUCACACAUUUUUUACGUUUCUCAUGAUUUAGAAGGGUUUAUGUUAUGAUUUUAAGAAGUAUUAUCAAAGGCUGCCAGUUGUCUUUGUAUUUAAAAUAUGCUCCUCUGUUUGUGCACUCAGUAUACUGCACACUGCGGAGUUGUUAUUCCUGUCUCUCUGCUAAUAUUACGUAACCAUUCAUAUCUUCUGUGGGAAAAAAAUACAGGUUACUUUUAGGCAGAUUCACUGUCAAUUCGUUUCCAUAAAAUCAUUUAUCUGCUAGACAUUUGAUGUCUUCAUUUUGUUAAAACCAAUUAGGGCUUCUUUCUGAGUCUGAUUUUAGUGGAAGUUGCUGCCACACUAGUGUGUAAAAAAUUUCAUCUCACUUGUAUAUUUGUUCAUUGUGAACUGCUUCCAUUAUCAUUUUAUUCCUGCAGGAACCACAUCAGUGAUAACUGGGAUUAAAACUGCGAUUGCUUCAAUAACCACCUCCACUUUCAUUGGUGUAGUCUUAAUCUCCACAGUUGCUUUCAGAUUGGUAUCAUUUAAUUUUCAGGUGGUAUGUAUGACAUAUUGCAUCACAGCUGUUACUGUGACUCAUAUUAUAUACUAAUAAAGACCGUCUGAAAAUGAAACAGUGCCAUUAUGCAAGUGACAAUGGGUAUAAGGAAUAUACCAAAGAUGUUAAGAGGUGGUUAUGGAAACAACCUCAAUUUUAAACCUAUUUUUAUGUAUUACAUGUGCGGUUUUUCUGUUUUCAUCAAAGAGUAGGUGCGUGUAACUGUGUUUUAGGGAGCCAGAUUGGUUUAAGAGCUCACAUUGGCCAAAUUUACAAUAAUGUUUACAUACAUUAGUGGGGCACAGUGACCUAAAUACCUCUUAGGUAUGAAACUUUCUGGCAGAUUAAAACUGUGUGCCAGACCAAAACUCAAACUCGAGACCUUUGCCUUUCGCGGAUAGUGCACUAUCGACUGAGCUACCCGAGCACGACUCACGCCCUGUCCUCA